GAAUUCCGUGAUGAUGAAUUAGGGCUCGGAGAAUCCUUUCUCUGAGCAAUGGAGACAAGAGGGUCUGUGAUCUUCAGCAUGACAGAGACUCGGCGCCUCUCCUUGGACGAAAAUACAGACCUAGCCAACGGAGAUGCUGAACAGUUUGAUUCAGAUGAAAGUUCAAAUUCCGAAGACGUUGAUUUCAACUGGGAUGAAUACUUGGAAGAGACGGGAUCUUGUGCUGCCCCUCACACUUCGUUUAAGCACGUGGAAGUUAGCCUCCAGAGCAGUUUCCAACCCGGCAUGAAGCUAGAGGUGGCCAACAAACACAAUCCAGAGACCUACUGGGUGGCAACCAUCAUCACCACAUGCGGGCAGCUCUUGCUGCUGCGUUACUGCGGCUACGGAGACGACCGCAGAGCUGAUUUCUGGUGCGACGUGAUGACAGCCGAUCUGCACCCUGUGGGUUGGUGCACCCAGAACAACAAAGUUCUGAUGCCUCCCAAUGCUAUCAAGGAGAAAUACUCGGACUGGACGGCAUUCCUCAUACGUGAUUUGACGGGCUCGCGAACGGCCCCUGCAAAUUUACUGGAAGGCCCUCUGCGAGGGAAAAACCCUGUAGACCUCAUUACAGUUGAUUCCUUAAUAGAGCUUCAGGAUUCCCAGAGUCCCUUGCAAUACUGGAUAGUUAGUGUUCUUGAGAAUGUUGGAGGAAGAUUACGCCUUCGCUAUGUGGGAUUGGAGGAGACUGAAUCCUAUGACCAGUGGUUAUUUUACUUGGAUUACAGACUUCGACCAGUUGGUUGGUGUCAAGAGAAUAAGUACAGACUGGAUCCACCCGCAGAAAUCUGUUCUCUGAAGACUGUGUCUGAAUGGCAUUCUGCUUUGGAUAAAUCCCUGAUUGAGGCAGCACGGUUUCCUCUCCCUAUGGAAGUGUUUAAGGACCAUGAUGACUUGAGGAACCACCUGUUCACAGUGGGCAUGAAAUUGGAGGCUGUGGAUAUGAAAGAGCCAUGUAGGAUUUGUCCUGCUACAAUAUCUAAGGUUUUUAACAACCAUUUUGUUCAAGUAACCAUCGACGACCUCCGUCCCGAAGGGAGUGCAGCCUCCAUGAUUUGCCAUGCCGAUUCCUUGGGGAUUAUGCCAGUACAGUGGUGCCUUAAGAAUGGAGUCCACCUGACACCACCCAAAGGUUAUUCUAGCCAGGACUUCGACUGGGCGGAUUACCAGAAGCAAUGUGGAACUGAAGCAGCUCCCCAGUUCUGCUUCAGAAACGUAUCCUUCAGCCGAGGCUUUACGAAAAACAUGAAGCUGGAGGCCGUGAACCCCAAGAACCAGGCUGAAAUCUGUGUGGCUUCCGUCACCUCAGUAAAAGGGAGGUUAAUGUGGCUUCGCUUGGAAGGUUCACAGGUGCCUGCUUCAGAAUACAUCGUCGAUGUGGAGUCGAUGAACAUAUUCCCAGUUGGCUGGUGUGAAGCGAAUGCUUACAAGCUCUCGACGCCGCAUAAAGCCGUGUUGCAAAGGAAGAGGAAGAUUGCCGUCGUGCAGCCCGAAAAGCAGUUACCACAUGGAGGGCCUGUGGAGAAAAAAAAUCACGAGCCAUGCAUGCUUCCACAGACAGACUCAAUAGGUACCAUCAAUGGGAGGUACAGUUGCCCUGCGCUGUUCAUCAAUCACCGCUGUUUCUCAGGGCCACACCUGAACAAAGGAAGAUUGGCCGAGCUGCCUCAGUCUGUUGGCCCGGGCAAGUGUGUGCUGGUUCUUAAAGAGGUCCUGAGCAUGGUGAUCAACUCUGCUUACAAACCCGGGAGUGUAUUGCGGGAGCUGCAGCUUGUCGAAGACCCCAGGUGGAAUUUCCAGGAGGAGACCCUCAAAGCAAAGUACAGAGGCAAAACCUACAGGGCCACAGUCAAGAUUGUCCGCACAUCUGAUCAAGUCCUGGAUUUCUGCCGGAGAGUUUGCGCCAAGCUGGAAUGCUGCCCGAAUUUAUUCAGCCCCGUCCCAGUUACUGAAGCCUGCCCGGAAAACUGCUCCGUUCACACCAAAACGAGAUAUACUUAUUAUUGUGGAAAGAGGAGGAAAGUCAUCAAGGCUCCAGCUGGAGAAAACAACAGCCACAGCCCGGAGAGCAGACAUGGCAAGCCAGCCAGGCGCAGGAAAAUGCAGAAGUCCAUUCCAGCACAAAGGAAGAGUCAGCCAUCUAUAACAGACCUAGCAGAAUCAGCGGAGGAAAGCGAGGAAGAGGAACCCGAGGCCAUGGACGACGAGACAUGGAGUGAAGAGACCAGCCCAGAGCUACAAGAUGACCAGACAGACACCUCCUCGGCCGAGCUGCCUGCAGCCAAGCCUGCGACCACAAUGAGGCUGCGCAGCAGGGCUGACCUGGACCGAGUCACUCGCAGAGGGAGGGGCAGGCGAGCCCGGAAAACCUUGGCUGCCUUGUGCGCCAAAGGACAGAAAAGGGCUCGGUUCAGACAGGUGAUGAAGCCAGAGCUGGAAGAGAAGCUGGUGCUGGAGAGCAACCCGCUGGAAUGGACUGUCACGGACGUGGUGAAGUUCAUCAAGCUGACCGACUGUGCCCCUCUUGCCAAAAUAUUUCAGGAACAGGACAUUGACGGCCAAGCUCUCCUCUUGCUGACCCUGCCGACCGUCCAGGAGUGCAUGGAGCUCAAGCUUGGGCCCGCCAUCAAGCUGUGCCACCAGAUCGAACGGGUCAAGCUGGCUUUCUAUGCCCAGUACGCCAACUGACCACACCGCUUGCCACUUUCCCGUCUCCGUGACUUUUGUUCCAGCGUUGUGCCUGGAUCUCACGACCCUGAACCCCUUUUGCAUUCGGAAGCAUGGAUAAUAUAUAUAUAUUGCGGGGAAGAAGCUGGCAGCCCAGCUGCUUGCUCACGAGUAGGCCGGCCUGCAGCUGGGGCAUUGGGGUGGCGCUGAGUAAGGGCUGCAAGGCUCAAGGCUCCUCCUGAGAGAUUAUGAGCCUCAAAGAGAGUCAGGUAAAGGGGUAAGAUACGGAGUGAUAGGCAGAGGAUCCUUCCAGAUGGAUGGUUUUUUUGUUUGUUCGGGUUUUUGGGGGGCGGGGGGUUGCAGAUGAGUUCUGCAACUUGUCCCUGAUUCAUUAAGAUUGCAUUAGUGAUGGAUUUAUACCAAACCAUACACAUACUAUUCUGCUUCAUGAGUUGUUCUGCCACGCUUUCCCCAAUGUUGGGCACUUCUUCACUAUAGCACAGCA